ACUCUGUGUGUGUGUGUGUGGGGGGGGACUUGUAGCUGUGCACGGGUCAUUUGUGGAGCUGUGCGCCGCUGUGGGCCAGCGUUUAACGGAGCGACGUCGCCGCGCUCGGCGUCUACGCGUCCUGGUCCCCGCACGGAGCAGGACUCUGCUGUGCGACUUCAUUCCCUGGAAUAUGCCUUGUCUCCAUGGUAACAGGCCACAGGCAGACUCAGAAAAGCACUGGACCAAACUGGUCCCACUCCGGCCCAACUUACCCGAUCCUGGACCGCGCCAGAAAGGAUUUUCCAUCUAAUCCACUCUAAUUAUAGUUACAGUAGUGGUGAUUGUUCUCAUUAUUACUCAAAGUUAAAACAUUAGGAUAAGAUAAUGUCUGGAAACGAUGCUUCUACUGUAAGCUAAUGCUCCCUUUUUAACGUUUUGGGAUCAGUAUGUACUCUGUAAAUCUCCUAAAGCCAAAAAGAAAGAACCAUUGAUUCAACCAGUUGAUCCAAUUGAUUAAUUCCCUUGAUCAAUAUGUCACGGAAAAAUUCCUGGCCAAAGAAUCCUAAAGUUGGACGCACCUGUCCCAGAUUGGUGUAAAAGCAGGCUGAAACCAGAACCAGGAUGCACCAGCUCUUCAGCCAGGUGCUGGGCCAGCGGGACCUGUCCAGAGCAGGGGACCUGUUCUCCCUGGAGGACGCAGAGAUAGAAGACUGUCUCUCUCAGGCGCUGGACCGCAUCAAGGCCAUUUCCUGCUCACCGGACUACCUGACCAACGACAACGACCAGGCGGUGGUGGAGAUCUGCAUAACGCGCGUCACCACCGCCAUACGGGAGACGGGCUCCAUCGAGCGGCACAGCACGGCGCUGGUGGGGCUGUGGGAGUCGUGCCUGGAGCACAAGCUCACGCCGCAGGGCGAGAGCACGGAGGACACGCCGCACGCCAAGAUCGCCUCCGACAUCACCAGCUGCAUCCUGCAGAACUACAGCUGUCCGUCAGUCAUGGUGCUGGCGGUGCCGGUGGCGGUGCGCUUCCUUCAGAGGGGGAAUCGCGAGCUGAGCAGGAACAUGUCCAGCUACCUCUCCCUGGCCGCCAUCGCCGAGGCCGACCUGCUGGCUGAGCACACGGAGGCCAUAACCCUCAGCGUGCUGGGAGGAAACCACAUGCUGUUACGAGUGCUACCGUCAGUCUACCCCAGGCAGCCGGACACCAUCCACCGUCACCUAGGCAACCUCACCGCGAUGAUGCUACAGCUGGAGGCCGCGGAGCAACAACACCUCAUCCGACUCCUUCAAAUGGUUGCCGAGCAACAUCCUCUUAUGUUGAGCCCUCAGGUGCCCGCGCUGGUCGGUUACCUAGGCAACCAGUCGCUCACGGAGGCCGUCAUGGGGGCGCUGGUGGACGUCUCGCGGGCCGGCCCGUCCUCGCUGGUGAGCUUCCUGCCGGCGCUGAGGGCGGCCGGGCAGCAGUGCCCCGCUCUGCUGGGGCACGUGGCCAGAAUCCACGGAGCCGUGGGCGUCAUCAGCGAGCCCCACGCCCACAGCUCGCUGCUGUACCUGGCGUCCCACCUGGGCGGCGCCGAGCACGGUUUCCACCACACGCUGCUGCUGGAGAUCCGCGCUCUGGCCGACCGCUACCCGUCCCUGCUGGGAGGCUGCGGCAAGGACAUCUACAGGAUGAGCAACUCCUUCACGGCCAUAGCCAGGCUGCUGGGGAGACGGCUGGAGGAAGGCCCGGCCCCGCGCUGCAGCGCCGGCCGUGCGGACGCGGGGCCCGAGCAGCGCUUACAGGUGAAGGUCCAGGCGGUGGAGGAGAGAGCGGGCGACGAGGGGGGAGAGGAGGGGGGGGGCGGGGACUCGCCCCCCCCGCUGAGGCGCCACAGCCUGAGCCAGGCCAGAGAGGACAGGCGCGACGCGAGGUUCAACAGGUCGAAGAGCCUGGCUCUGCACGCGGUCCGCGCGCGCGCCGUCGCCGGGGACGACGGCGAGGGGGCGGAGCUCGUCUCCGGCGCCGUGCCCGACCAGGACCGGGAGGCGCCCGGCGAGGGGGGACCCGCGGGCGACGCCGGCGCCAGAGAGGCAGAGAAAGAGGGGGACGGGGCGGGGGAGGAGCGGGGGGAGGCCGACAGGCUCUUUGUCCAUUUGAGAGACAACAUGGAGACGAUCAGAGCCUUCUGCAAAGACAUGGUGCAGCAGAUUCCCAUGCCUGAGCACUGUGUCAUAGAAGACUCCAGCCGGGGCUGCGUGGCCAAGCUGUCCUUCUCCUGUCCUCUGAAGGGCCACUACUGUCUGUACGCCAAGUCCUGCUUCCAGCUGACCAGUCGUCAGCCCCACGUUUGGCUGCACAUCAUGCUGCUGCAUUUACAGAGCAAAGCCAGCGUCCCUCUGUGCUCCAAAGACGAGUGUGUCCAGAGACUGGCCGCGCUGUGGGAGAAGACGCAGCUGAAGGGGGCGCACAGCUUCCCCAUGGCCAUGAGCCAGCACAGCACGCCACACAGGAAGGACCUGGACGGGCUGCAGAUCCAGCUGGGGGACGUGCGCUUCUUCGAUCUGUUUGGUUACAGUGAGGAAGAAGGAGGCUGGCUCUGCUUCAUGUGCAACAACCCAGAGAAGGCCACAGUGGUGAACCAGGACGGGCAGCCUCUGAUCGAGGGCAAGCUGAAGGAGAAGCAGGUCCGCUGGAAGUUCAUCAAGCGCUGGAAGACCCGCUACUUCACGCUGGCAGGAAACCAGCUGCUGUUCCGAAGAGGCAAAUCGAAGGACGAGCUGGACGAGAUCCCCAUUGAGCUGAGCAAGGUGCAGAGCGUGAAGGUUGUGGCCAAGAAGCGGCGGGACCGCGGGCUGCCGCGGGCCUUCGAGAUCUUCACCGACAGCAAGACGUACGUGCUGAAGGCGCAGGACGAGAAGCACGCCGAGGAGUGGCUGCAGUGCAUCAACGUGGCCGUGGCCCAGGCCCGCGAGCGGGAGAACCGGGAGGCCACCACCUACCUGUGAAGUCCAGCGUCCUGCAGGUAGCAGCUCUGGCACCAGAGCGCCGGUGUAGCGGGUGACGGACGACAAGCACGGGGUUUGUAGGAAUGAGACUGCGGAGGACGAAAAAUGAAGUAAUUAUGACGAAACUGCAUCAUUUAUAAUGUAUAAACACAAAUGCAUGAAUAAAAGAGCAAACAAAUAAAAGCUUAUAUGAAAACAUUAAUCAGUAAAUAAACCUAAUAUAUUAUUAUGUUGCAAUUUUUAUAUUUUUGCCUAAAUUCCCCCCCCUUUUUUAUUUCUGUAAUUAAGUCUAUUCUGAACUGCUUCAGAAGCAGGUGAAAUAGAAGCAAACUACUCAAAUUUUAUGUCAAGUCAGCUGUUUUUCCCAGCAGCGAGGACGAGACAACCACUUUUGUUGAGUUGUACGUACGUGGACAUGAAUAUAUGUGAAAACAGACCGGCAUAGCAAACAUAUCAUAAAUUGCAACAUAGAAAUAUAUCACGUUACGUACUUUUUCGUCCUCCGUAUGAAGCUAUUAAACCAGCAAUACAUAAGUCACAACCAUAAUGGGUGCUCACCUAUUUAAACUGUGACUCAGCUGUUACACAUCGUCCUUCAGUAUAAUGUGGUAUCAGCAUCUGUGAAUGUUACAAUACAGAAGUGUUAAACGUGAUCGGGUCAAGCUGCCUCAAACCUUGUUGCUGUGAACUCGAGACGGAACCCAAACCAGCAUCUGCAGACUCUUCUACAGGAGCCUCCGUCUUCUAUUGUGAUUCUCACACAACGUCCCCUCAGCUCCGUCGUUGCCUCAGAGUUUAGACCACAGAGCUUCAGGACAGCAGUGAAGUAAAUGUGUGGUUUCCUGGUGGUUCGAGGGCCCCGUUCGGUCUCAUUGAUUCUCUCAGGUUCUGUGUCGACCCUCAUCCUAUUAAACAUUAGAGGCGGGAUGACGUCUGAGCCCGAUCUGUAAAUGCAGCCACAUCACAGCUCUCCUCCCUUUGUUUCCCCGUUGCUUUUGGUGUAAUGCAGAAAAUAUGAUCUCCCCUGAAGUGGUCCUAAAUUGAAGCUCCUGUGACAGACAAGCACUUUCCAGCAGACGGGUCCGAGAUGUCCUCAAGCUAGAACAAUAGUUUCUGUGUGGAUGUUAUUUUGGGUUCGGUGUUGAUUUCACUAGCGUUCAGCUGUGACUCCAGUUUCCAGAAUGACUCCAGUGAAUCACGGUAACUAAAUAUAACUUCAGAUGGAGGUCCGAUGGCUCGCUGCCGCCUCAGCGCUUCAGCGCCGCUAGCUGACGCCCUUUUUUCUCGCGAAGCGAACGUCUCAUCACAUGAACCGGCAGCCACACAAACCGUGUACAUAAAUGUAUUACUGACACCAGUAGAAGCGUUUGUGAAUGUGAACAAAAGAUCCCGAGCAUAAAUAUGUUGCUCCAAGAAUCCUAGAGAAUGUAGUUUGUUUUUUAUACCUGGAGUAUUGUUAAAUUCCGUUGAUUGGACGUCUGAUCUUUUAUAUUGAAAUGACUGUAUAUUUUGUGACCUCGUGGUCUCUGCUGAGACGCAGCUCGUCUUCCCUUUCUUAGCCCGUUUUUACAUUGUGCUAGCACAUAAAUGCUGUAUUUUAUUGCGAGUUACAUCAGAUACUGUAGUUAUGGGUUGUACAUUUGCCUGUUGCACAGUCUGCAUGUCCUGCACUGCCUUUUUAACGUCUCUGAAUAAACUGUACAAUAAACCUUUACUAGUGAAAUCCCUGGAGCUUUUAGUCCCUGGUACUUUUCAUUCCUGCAUUUCUUCAGCACAAUAGAGGUCUGACUGCAGAGCUGUCAGAGCUGAUCUCUCUCCUGUCUGUCAGGAUCACGGUAAUCCAGAAACCAGAUUCAGAUUCUGAUGACUUAAUGUUCCCUGAGUGUCAUUAUGUUCACAUUACACGUAUUCAUGGGGUUGUUUGGAAACUGAUUUGUCAUGUAGGGAAUUGGAGAAGCAGACUCAGCAUGAAGUGGUUAUGGACUCUGGGGCAGAAAGCAGGGGUUGUGAGGCUGUAUCAGUGUUGAGUGACUUUAAUUCUUGCUUUGUUAACAUCCACGAGUAUAUGUGCUAGAGAGGCAGCAGCGCCAGUCAGACUCAGCUUUGCCUACACUGAAGGUGCAGAGACGUUCUCCAGCUUCCUCCCACGGUCCAAAAACAUGCAUUAGGUUCAUGGGUCACUCUGGAUUACCUGUAGGUGUGUGUGUGUUGCCCUGUGAUGGACUGGUGACCUGUCCAGGGUGUAGCUCGCCUCUCGCCCAUAGACAGCUGGGACAGGCUCCAGCACCACCUGUGACGCCACAUGGGACUAAGCGGUAGAAAAUGGAUGGACGGAUAUUUAAAGGAGGAGGCUCUUGGAUGGUAACGAACACUUUCCACUGAAUCACUUCUGAAUCUAGCCUCUAGGAACUGUCUUUGUAAUUUGGGAUGUUUUUUAUUAGAUUUUAUUUCAUCUUGUUGCAACAAGUGGUGUAAAUGAAGAGAUAGUAUUAAAAUGCAGACUGCAGGAAUGGGGACUGCAGGUCACCAGCUCAUCAGUAAAGCAAACAGCUCCCCCUGGUGGUCAAAUAUACCACAGGUUAUUUACAACCUAGUCACUUGGACACGUUCUACAGAUUCAGGGAAGCUGCUAUGAGAGAUGGUUUUAUUUCUGGGUAUUUUUUUAUACUUAUAUUUUUAUACCAGUCACAAUGACAACCAGGUUCCUGAAACGUCUAAUGUGCUGAUGAAGGGGGCCUGAACAAAACCACUAUGGGACUCUUGCUCCACACUAGUUUGUUCAGCACAGUUAAUUUUAUUAAAUAGGCACUAAUUCAGAAUUUAGAAUUCGCAGUUCAGUGGCAUAACUCAUUUAUUGAAUAAAAUAUGACAUGAGGUCAUGCAGACUAAAACCAGUGUAACAAACUGACAACACUAAAACGUUUGGAAAUUAAGUCUGCAACCCCUGCUGUUAUAAAAAAAAAAAAAAAAUUGCUGUUAAA